UGAAUUAAGAGUUUUUUUAGUGUGUGGCUUUAUAAGAGCAUCUUAAAACGUAAAAUUAUGUAUAUGAAAAUCUUUAAUUAUAAUGUCAAAAUAUGACAUUAUUUACUACUUAAUAAUAUCCUAGAUGCGCUGUUGAUAUUUUUUGAAGAAAUGGCUGCUCAAAAAGAAUAUGAAAAUAAGCUCCAAAUAAUGGUUGAUUACAUUGAACAAGAUGGCCAUGAAAAAGCAGAAGAAAUAGAUGUCAUGGCUGAAGAAGAAUAUUAUAUAGAGAAAAAAAACUAUAUUGAGAAAAGGAUCGGAGCAGUAAAAAAAUACUAUGACAAUCUUGAAAAGAAGUUUCAGCAACAGAUGGUAUUAGAUAUAUCAAAAUUAAAAAGCCAGUCAUAUCGGAAUGUCAUGAACUCUCGAAACAUGGUUGUGGAAAAUAUCCUCAAAACUGUCUUGGACCGGUUGAAUAAUCUGGAUUAUCCCGACAACGAGUGUUUGUAUAAGAAAGUACUUUUUGAACUCACUUUACAAGGGUUACUUCAGAUCAUGGAACCCAGAGUGGUUUUGCAAGUGCGUAAGAAUGAUCUUCCCUUGAUUAAAAAAGUGACGAAUCAAGCACAAAAUGUUUUUCACUCGCUGACUGGAAUGAAUGUGUCCGUUACAGUCGAGGAAUCUGAAUUCCUCUCGGCAAAAGGGAAAGGAGGAGUGAUACUGUAUACAAAAUCGAAAUCAGUUAGUGUGAAUAACACAUUAGAAAAAAAGCUGGAACAAAUGACUGCACAGCUUUUGCCUCGAAUACGUGAGAUUGUUUUCGGAAAGAAUCCUAAUAGAAGACACAACGAUUGAUUUAUAAAUAUCUAAAUUGUCCUUGGACGCUUUAUUUUAUACAUAACAAAAAUGAACUUGUGUAAGCAUCUGAUCAUUUAUAAAUGGGGUUGC